GCGAACGUUUAGGGCUCGAGCACUGCAAGUACGAUCCACUCCUUUUGAUAUUCACGAGUGACAUCAAAAGUUUGAACAUGGCUGUUUACAACUAUUCUAACUUCUCUGCAAUAAGAGCUAAUUGUGAUCCGGAGCUUUAUAGAAAUAUCACGUAUGACUUUGUGGAGGACUGGACUUAUCACGAGGGACAAAUCUUCUCCAUAACUGUUCUUUUUCCUAUUCUGCUCUUGCUUGGUUUGCUUGGAAACUCCGCUUUUAUUUUUGUGGUGUAUCGUCGACCUGAGAUGCGGACCGUCACUAACUGGUAUUUGACGAACUUAGCAGUUGCAGACAUAUUAUUUUUGGUCAGUGCAAUUGUUGAUAAGAUUUGGUUAUAUGCCAAAUCGCCGGUGCCAGGGGACGAUAGUCCACAUGGACCAAUUGCAUGCAUUGUGAUAUCCCUUCUGGCAGAUCUGACCUAUUUUGCUUCUCUCUGUUUCAUCACUUUGGUGUCUUUCGACCGUUUCUUGGCCGUGCGUCGUCCGCAGACCUCCAAACGAAGACGGACCAAGAAUGCAGUGCCGACUAGCGUCGGAUGCUGGGUGUUCGCCUUCUGUGUUGCGGCCUGUCUGAUUCCUUCAAGAAGCAAAUUUGUCAAGUACUGUCUCGAUUGGCCUCCGGGAGAUGAUAAAUACAAAGACUGGCCUUUAGAAAUGUACGUUUGCAGAUCACACAAUAUUUGGGUGGAUAAGUUCAUCAAUGUAAUCCAAACGGUACCGUUCUUUUCUGCGUUCGCGCUGAAUGUGUUUCUCUACAUCAACAUCAUUCGAAGCCUGGAUCGGUCCAUCCAGAACCUUGGUCAUCAUGGAAUGUCACAGGACAAGAACGUGGCUAUGAGGAAUCAAAUAGCCAAGAUGCUAGUGGUCAACGGAGUGGUCUUCUUCUGCUGUCUGUUUCCGUUCGAACUAAUGUGUUUAUUCCAAGUCAUCAAAAGUCUGCAAGGCCCCGAUGUCCUACCGCUGAAAACAGAGGAAUUAUUGUAUGAAAUAUCUCGUGUAUUGGCCUACAUAAACUCAGUGGCAAACCCUUUGAUUUAUACACUGCUUAGCCACAGGUACAGGGCGAGUUUUAAAGCUGCGUUUAUGUGCCGAGGGAACAUUUCUCAAAGAGGAUCUAGACGCACGGAAAAUGAUGCCGCUCACAAUAACGAGUUUAGGACCUCUUCUUUGCGGGGACAAAAUGCAACGCGAGACGAAAUUUUAUGAAGGAAUUUUACAAAAACUUGUUUGGUUAAACUUGAAGUUGCGUCAUCGGUUCUGUAGGAUCUGGUGCAUUAUGUAAAACAUAUUCGUUACACGUUGCAUCAUUGAACGGGAAAACAUAGUACUGGAGUUGGCCUUUAUCUACACGAUAGUGGUAGUGUAGAUUGUAUGUAUUAUUUGAAUGUGUAUGCUAUACAAAACUGUACAGUUUCAUAGGUCAAAAUUGAGCCGGUUUCCGUGUCUAUUGGGCCUGACCCAUUGCCGGGUAAGGCUGACCCGUCAAAUGGUUACAAAUUGGACUUAAAAUCGGAUACCGCGUCAUUUACCGGGUAAUUUUACCACAAAUUCCCAGUCAGCUUGACCCAGAAUGAGUCAGGUCCCAGGGAGUCCGGAAUUCUAGUCAAUUCAGAGCCGGGAGUUGUCGGUUCUAUGUCAUUCUGGUAAAAUCAUAAUCCGUCAAUAUAUACGGUUUGCGUGCCACUCUUCCGGUUAAACAAUAGAGUCUGACAUCAAACAUUACAUCUGUAAGCAAACUAAGACGGUUUAAGACUUACCCAAGCUGAGAUUCAGCUUUUUAAAAAAAAGAAAAUCUCUAAUUAAACGCCCACCAUCGCACUGUGCUUGAUCAUACGUCAGCUGUCUUAAAACUGCAAUCUAGAAUAUAGCCAUUGGGUUUUUAUUUCUCAGAACGAACCCAAGGGUAAUUCCGUCUUCGAUUCAGUUGAUGUGAUCAUUUUUCGGAGCAAAUUCUUCUAAACAGGCGAUUUAGUCAAACCCGAUUUUCGUCCUGAUUACAAUCAAAUUGCGCACGGGUAACCUACUUAAGAUUUCCCUGGACACUGUAUACAGUUUGACAGUGUGAUGUCUGAGGGACAGUGACGUCGAAUAAAGUAAAUAUCCCGUGCAUGUUUUUACAGUCACAUAAGUUGCAUGCAGAAGUCAAUACUACAGUAUUCAUACCAUCAGCGAAGCCAAUAUGUCGAAUAAUGUUGUUGUAUGGUUGAUCCAAUAAACCUAAAAGGAUGGCAAUCUAAAGCCGUUUAAUUUGAAACCAAAAUUCAAUCAAAAUGGUAGAUUUGACCGUGAAAUUUGUGCAAACAUCAGCAGAGUAAAUUUAGAUGCAGGACAAGAUAAGGUACACGUAGGAGGAUUUAUCAAUCCAUGCUGUUUCUUCAAUCAAAUGGUUAUGCCGAAUUAAUCUGACUGUGAUUGCAUGUACACUUCGAUUUACGUUAUAUACAACUGACUGGUAAUUGAGGAUUGCUCCAAGAACCGCCAGUUAAUUCUAAAUUUAAACAUUCAUGACUGCAUCAAGGCUAGUUUAAAGUGUGGUGUGUGAAUAGGAGAACGAAAUAUCAUAUUCAUUGUAGUGUUGCAUUAAAGUGUGUCUCUCUUGUCCAGCCUAUACGUGCAAUGUAGUGCCGAUCCAACGAAUUUAACUGAAUGCCGAGCACAAUUGCGUCUCUGCUUAAACAUUAAUGCAUCUGACAAUAAGAUAUUUCUGAUGACGAUUGCCGCUAUGAAUAUUUAACAUUGAACUGCUCAAUGUCUACACGCUUAAAUGACUCAUUGAAUGUUUUCUUUUUUUAUAUAUAAAUUAAAUUAAAAAUGUUCGUGGUGAUGUGACAAGUAAAAAAAAUUAAAAAAAAGUUUUUACUCCCAAGAAAAAUAGCGGUCUACAGUUAAAACAAGACGGAUGACAUGAUUGAUUGAAAUGUCAAACAAAGCCAAACCGUUUCUGCAUGAUUACCAAGGUCUAGUGAUGAGUGUCUCGUGCAAUUAGUUAUUCUCGGUGUUUCAAAACAUUCGUCUCUAGUUUUGUAAAAACAAACCGUGUCAAACGACCGGUAGUAAAGGAAGUGGUCUCAACACAAGCCGGGACAGAAUUGCAAUUAGGUGUUGUUUAAUGGACGAAAGUAAACAUGUAGUCCUUCGCAAUGCCGUAAUAUGGGCGUGGCUAUAUUGCCAAUUAUAUGUUUUGUCACCACCAAUUAUAUAAAAACAAAUUCGCUUCGUCAAAAUUACUAAUCUAAUCAAGACGAAAGUCUGUAGUUUGAAAUCACUCCGUGAACAUUGUUUUCACAAUCAAAUAUUGUUGUAUAUUAAACGACCACGGUUUUUAUCCAUGGGACUUUUUUGUAUACACACUUAAAGGUUGGGUCAAAGAUUGGAUUUGAUCAAAUUACUGAUUUAAAGGCAACAGAUAUAAAAGAAAUAUGCAAUAAAAGUCACAUUAAAUUUUCAUUGUCUCAGCUGAAAACAGUGUAUAGAGUCUUGCUGAGAAACACCAAACAACUGUCACGGAAUUUGUGAAAGCUUUCGCAAAAGGACACCGUAACCUCAAGAAAUGUGAGAAAAGAUUCAGCCAUGAAUCGUUGCUCAGAUUAAAAUGUGUUACGUGUUAAAUGGGUAUACAAUCAUCCAAACCAAAUCACUUGCCAUGGAAACCUUUCUCUAAAAUGUUUAUACUCUCAGCAGUUGCAGUGCUUCUAACAAAAUCAGUUUGUUUUGUCAUUUAUAUUGUAUACAUUGUUCUACCAGGCUAUGACCCUACCUUUUUUUAUACUAAGGUUCAGAUUGUGUGUGUAGGCCUAAAGAUUUACAAAACAAAUUUAAAUUUCUGACUACCGACCUAACUAAACCGUUUAUUUGUGAGACUUGACGUUAACCUAAUAUUCAAGAAUAAGAUUUUAUUCCAUCUUAUAAAACGACCUUUAAAAAAAGGUUUUAAAAUUAAACCAUUCAGUUCAAAUGACCAUAGAUCUCCGGCUAAAGUCAAACAGUUAAUUUGCAAAUAUAAUGACGGACAAUCCUGUAAAUUAUUAAAAUAAUAAGGUUAAAUAUUUCGGUAUUAAGGCAAUAAAAACAAUGAUAUUUAUGAGCACUGCAGAUCUGAUGUGCUGCACCGGUAAAAAUUAACUAUAACAAAAAAUUAUUUGCGAAUUUUUUGAAAAAAGUAUUCAAGGACAGUUGGUUUUGGGGAAGCAAAUGUCCGUUUUCAGUUGUCUGCUUUUUCCAUACUGAUUCGCUUCGAAAUCUGCUCGCUUAUCUCUUAGAACAUCAUGAAUAAAAUUUAAACACCCCUCACACACAACCUUACGGAUCCGGUUUGUGGAGUCCUGCAGGGUGGUUCUAUUAUUCUCUGUUUAAAAGAAUUUGUUCUGUACAAUAAGGAAAACCUAUUCUUCAUUAAACCUGUUUUGUAAGUCCACAUAGUGUUUCGAUUCCCUACUGAUGUGAACGUUAUUGGUUCCCAGGUCCACACUCGUAUAUGUGGCGUUAAAACACACACAAGUGGAAAAACCUGCAAUUGGGGACUUCCUGACAACAGCAAGCUCUCUUGUGUAUACGCUCUCCAACUGGGGAUCUUUCCCCAACUGGGAACCAUGUUCCUUUUUGUUAUAGGCCAACGGUUUGAAUGUGUAUACGCACGCAAACAAACAACGAACUGCGAGUGUCCGCAGGUAAUAAAAAAGGAGUUGUGAGAAUACUCUCGACAGGAGCAAACAACUGGCUAAAGUUGCUUUAAAUUAAGUUGACUUAGAUGCCGGUUUCUCCCUUUAUAUUCCAGUAUUCUUAUCUUUCAAUAUAUUCCCUUGAAUAAGAUGUUUUCUUGAGGUUUUUUUAAUUUGUUUAAGGACCUCCCGCUUUUGACGAGACACUUGACUUGACAGGCGACAAUGGACUGCGGACAAUUCUGGACUUAUUAAAUUCUCCGUUUAAAAUGUAAGAACAAAUUUUUGGUUGAUUACUUCGAGGACUAAAAAGCACUUAUACCCACUUAAAACCGUAGUGUAAUCUGUGUAUAGUGAUUGUGAUAAUCUGUCAUGGUUUCUGACUGGUUUCUGUAUAUUUUGUAAUUUAGUAAUGGUCACGUUUAGUAUUAAUGAAUCACUCCUAUACUUCAAUGGCAAUCGGAUAGUUACGAUAUCUCCUUGCAAAAACAAACAAACAAGCGCACAAGCGAGCGAAACAAGUGACCACCCUCUUUUACUUUAAAAUAUUGCACAGCAAACACUUGAAGUUUUCAUAACGUUUGUAUUUGUGCAAUAUGAAUUUAAAAGGGUCGUUAUGGUAUUCAACUUUAAAACACGCUGGAUUUCGAAUCAAUCUUUUUACGUAAGUUUAAUGGCCGUACAGUGAAAGCUAAAAGCUUUUCCCGAACCCACCCAGUGUCUGUGUAAUUUGAUUUGUUCAUUAAAUUAUUGUUCGCAUCGGGAACUCUUAUAGUUAUUCCUUUUAGGUUAUUCGAAGUACUAUAAGACUUCAGAAAAUUACUGUUUUUUAUAUGCGAAACUCAACAAAGGACGCUUUUUCCAAACUGAACACUUGUGUAUCUUCCAUGUGAAUGAGGUGAUUUGUGUCUUUAUUAGAUUACUUAAGACAUAUUUGCUUUCUUUCAAUAGAAGUGACUCGAAUUAUACUUAACAUUGUGUAUAGUCCUUAAUCAUGCAUAAUCAUUUUAAAGGUACGUUGUUACGACUGAGCAAUUUUGUUCAAUUGACGUUUUCUUUGCGUUCAAGAUGUUCUCAUAUACUUGUAGAUAAUGUUGGGGUUCUUUUGGGUGUUUAACUGUUGGCGUGAAGCGUCCUUAUUUGUUGCCGUUGUUGACCCCAUCACUCUGUAUUCGAAGGGCGUUACGGUAAAUGUGAACAUCCUAUAGCCGACCACAUUCAACCCUUACAAAUUGUCAACAAACAAUAAUUGCGAGAUGGUCCUACGUGACUUCAAUGUUAUGCUUUUGAGAAGUUUACGCUGUAGGGGCUCGAUGCACGAGUCUGCAGUUGCAGUCAUAUGGCCACUUGUGUAAUGAACGCCUAUCACGUCUUUCAUAAUCGCACACGAUGAUUAAAGGCAGUGGACACUAUUGGUAAUUACUCAAAAUAAUUAUUAGCAUAAAACCUUUCUUGGUGACGAGUA